UGCCCCUUCCCCGCUCCCUGACUCCUCCCCGGCCGCAGCGGCUGCUCCCGGCUCCGUACUCCCGUGUUCCAUCCCGUCCCGUCCCGCUCCGCCGGGAGCAGCCCCAGAGAACAAGGGACAAAAAUAUCCUCCUCCAACUUUUUAAUUGUCCUCUAAGUCUGGGCAGAGCUGCACUUCCUGACUGCUGUGAAGAGCUGGGUAAAAAUGGACGCUACAUAAAGUGAAGCAGAAGUCCUGAAGCCUUAGUCACCAAUCGGAUGGACUUACUGUUCAUGCUUUACUUCCAAACACUUGAAUUGUUUCUGUACUGUUGACAAAGGAAAGAUGACCUCUACUGUAGGUCCACCACCGCCAUACUACGAGAACCACGGCUUUCAGGCAGAACACAUCUAUCCUGCCCGCCAGGCAGUGGGUGCUAAUCCAUAUCCGCACUUCUACUCCACAAAUGCUCCCUCAGUGCCAAGCUAUGUCCCAAGGGUUCACACCCACCAGUCCACCAGGCCAGUAGCACAUUCAUCCGGGAGAUCGUGUGCAUCGAGUUUAAGGAAAACCAUAAUAAUAUUAUUAUCUAUUUUGAUAGUCAUUUGUUGUGCAAUCGCUGCUUUCUUCGUCUGGUAUUUUGGGCUGUUUCUCUCUCUCCCUGCAGUGGAGAACCAUUGUCUGGGCUCCCUGAUCGAGUGUGGAUCUUCAGGAGUGUGCAUGCCACCGUCUCAGUGGUGUGAUGGAGUGAGUGACUGCCCCAACGGGGAGGACGAAACCCGCUGUGUUAGACUUUUUGGACCAAAUUUCAUCCUGGAAGUUUAUUCACCUGUCAGCAACUCCUGGUAUCCUGUUUGUCAAGAUGACUGGAAUGAUGACUAUGGGAAGAUUGCAUGUAAAGACAUGGGCUACAGUGUGGAUACGUAUUACUACAGUCGUGGGGUAGUACCUGAUGUCAGCUUUAAAAGCUACAUGAAGCUGAACACAAGUGCUGGGAAUAUAGACUUGUACAAAAAGCUGUACAGCAGUGAUUCCUGUGCCUCAGGAAAUGUGGUUUCCCUGCGCUGCAUAGAGUGUGGCCUGUCCUCCAGGAGCGUGAACAUGAUGAACAGGAUCGUGGGCGGCAGCGGGGCCGUGCUGGGGCAGUGGCCGUGGCAGGUCAGCCUGCACGUGGAGGGCACCCACGUCUGCGGGGGCUCCAUCAUCACCCGCCAGUGGAUCGUGACGGCGGCACACUGCGUGGAAGGGCGAUUUUCUGACCCACACAGCUGGAGGGUUUAUGCUGGGAUUCUGAAUCAGGAUGAGAUGUUCUUCAAAAGUGGAUACAGAGUGCAUCUGAUUAUUUCCCAUCCAGAUUACGACACAGAUUCCAAAGACAAUGAUGUUGCCCUUAUGAAGUUGGAGUCACCACUGACUUUUACUGAAACUGUACGGCCAGUUUGUCUGCCAAAUCCAGGAAUGAUGUUCCAGCCUGAUCAGCAGUGCUGGAUAUCAGGGUGGGGAGCAGAGUACCAAGGAGGCAAAACAUCAAAUAGCUUGAAUUUUGUUGCGGUGCCCUUAAUAGAACGUUCGAGGUGUAAUUCUCCCUCUAUCUAUAGUGGCAUGAUUUUGCCUACAAUGAUCUGUGCUGGAAAUCUAGCAGGAGGAGUCGAUUCCUGUCAGGGUGACAGUGGAGGCCCACUGGUGACUAACAAAAACUCUGUGUGGUGGCUGGUUGGAGAUACCAGCUGGGGAACUGGCUGUGCUACUCCCAAUAAACCUGGAGUGUACGGGAAUAUGACUGUGUUUACAGAUUGGAUUUAUAGAAAUAUGCAGGCAAACAGUUGACAGCAACGUCUUCCCUUGCUGAUCGAUGUUUCUGAGGACAAGAAUAAAUGAAGCCAUGGGUGCCUGGGAUAUUUAUUCACUUUGCAAUUGAUUUUUUUUUUUUUCACUUUGAAUUUUCUUUUUAAAAAUGUCAUGAAGGAUUGCACACUUGGUUCUGUGCUGGCUACAGUGACUGAUGGUAAUCAGUGAAGGAUUAUCACAAUGAGCACCUUUCUUCUCCUUGUGGUGCCUGGCAGAAAGUCAUUCUGUCAACUGCUUGCUAAAAUGUCUCUCUUUAGUUGAGUAACUUUCACUUGGUAAUCAGGUACAGGCUUAUAAUGGCAAUUUAAAUCAGAAUUUAAUUUAAGAUUUUCAUAGCAGGAUGUUGAGACGGUUUAGUAGUCUUUUAAAUUAAAUGUUAAAUAAUGUGAAUGUUGAAUCUCUGAGCUGCUGGUUGGCAAUUUAAAAAGAAAUUAAUGUUUUUUUAGUGUAGAAUCAUAGAGUGGUUUGGGUAGGAAGGGACCUUAAAGCUCAUCCAGUUCCAACCCCCUGCCAUGGGC